AUGAGUUGUACAAGACCAGAUAUAGCCUAUGCAGUAAGCAAACUAAGUAGAUACACGAGUAAUCCAGGUAAUAAUCAUUGGAAAACCAUUGUACGAUUACUUAGGUAUUUAAGAAAUACUCGUGAUUAUGGUCUGCACUACACGAGACAUCCUGUUGUUAUCGAAGGGUACACUCAUGCUAAUUGGAUUUCAAAUAUGAAAGACUCUAAGUCAACAAGUGGAUAUGUAUUUACACUUAGAGGUGCAGCUAUAUCUUGGAAAUCUUCUAAACAAACUGUUAUUGUUAAAUCCACGAUGAAAUCUGAAUUUAUAACUCUUGACAAAUGUGGUGAAAAAGCUGAAUGGCUACGUCUAUUCUUAGAAGAUAUUCCAAUAUGGUCUAAGUCCGGGGGAAGUUUCCGGCAGGAAGCGGCGGAUCUUCCGGCGGAGGAGGUGGUAGAGGCGGCGGCGGGCAGUCUGGGCAGAAGAGUUGAUUUAGGAAAAGGAAAGGAAGUAAUGGGUGGGCAGUCAGGGCAGAGGAGGGAGACGGUAUUGGAGAUAGGCAGAGUAAGAUCAACGGCUAGAACUCUGUCGGAAGAGGAGUACGAGGAUGAAGACAUUGACGGCGGCGCCGUCGCCGGCAGGAAGAGGAAAAGGCAGGAAUUGGGAAAUCGAUUGGGGCUCUCUCCACUACAAGUGAAAUUCUGGUUCCAGAAUAGAAGAACCCAAACUAAGGCCAUGAAUGAGCGUAAUGAAAUUUCAUCAAUGAGAAACGAAAUGGAAAUGGUGAAGGAAGAAAACAUCUUCCUUAGAGAAGCCAUUAGGAAAGCUCUCUGCCUUAACUGUGGAUUUCCAACUAUCGAUUCACAAGAUUUGAGGAUCCAAAACGCCCAACUUAUCACCGAGUUUGAAAAGCUAAAAGCGCUCAUGGGUGUGGAUAUAUCGGGUUCGUUGUCUGCUAGCGCAAAAAAGUUGUGUGUGCUAGGAAUAGAGGUGUCGAAGAUUAUGAAACUUGUUGAUCAAGCUAUCAACGAGCUUAUCAAUAUGGCAACAUUGAAAGAACCGUUUUGGUUGCGCGAUAUAGAAAAUGGUAGUGGCAUAAUAAAUAAUGUCGAGUAUGUUAGAAGGUUUCAGUUAGGGAACUCUACAAACGAGAGUCGUGGAAUGCGUAUCGAGGUUUCGAGGGAGAUUGUGACUGUCUUUGCUGACAUCACUAAGCUUGUUGAAUGUUUUAUGGACGUGAAUGAAUGGAAGGAUAUGUUUCCUAGCAUUAUAUCAAAGGCUACAAGUGUUGAUGUUAUUAGUGAUGGAAAAGAGAAUCAUAGAAAUGGUGAUGUUCAAUUGAUGUCCGCUGAAUAUCAGAUGCUCACUCCAACGGUUCCAACUAGAGAAGUGCACUUCAUUAGACAUUGCAAACAACUGAGUUCCAAGAAGUGGGUAAUUGUCGAUUUCUCCAUUGACAAUAAUAUUGAUGUUUCCGCAGUUAAAUUUAGGAAACGUCCAUCGGGUUGCAUUAUCGAGGAUAUAUCAGAUGACCAUUGCAAAGUAACGUGGAUUGAACAUUUGGAAUGUGAAAACUUCACUAUCCCAACAAAUUAUUCUGGAAUUAUUAGCGCAGCUUUUGGCGCUAGGCAUUGGGCUACGGCUCUACAACAACAAUGCGAGCGACUCUUCUAUAUGAUGACCACUAACUUUCCCACUUAUGAGUCAAAUGUUUAUGGAAACCGUACAGGAAUUGCGUCUGCGAUGGAAGAGAGGAAAAGUCUAAUGGUAUUGGCGCAUAAAAUGACAGCUAAUUUUUGUCGUUCAAUUGCGGUGUCAAGUCUCCAUAAAUUGACAAAGUUAACAAGCAAAAAUGAAUAUGACAUUAGGGUUUCUAUUAGGAGAAACUUAGAUGAUCCUAGAGAACCUAUUGGCGUGAUCCUUUGCGGAGUUACAUCUAUAUGGUUACCGGUCUCUCGACUUGUCUUAUCCGAUUAUCUUAGUGAUGAAAGUCGAAGACAUGAGUGGGAUGUUAUAUUGAAUGGAAAACCAGCUGAAUCCCUAGUAAACAUGACCAAAGGAGGCAACUCGGUUACAAUCCAAGGGAUUAAGGGGAAAGAAGACGACAUGAGGAUAAUGCAAGAUAGCUCGACUAAUGAAUUCGAAUCAAUGUUGGUUUUUGCAUCGUUGAGCAUGUCCUCACUACAAUCCAACUCUACACGUGGCAACUCGGGGGAAAUUGCCAUGCUUCCCUCGGGUUUUUCGAUUCUUCAAGAAGGGUUGGAGUCGAGGCCUAUGGGGCUGAAGAAGAAGAAGGAGGGCGUCGAGGAUGUCUUCUAA